GGGGCGGGUUAAGGAGUGGUUGAUGUCGCUGAUGUCAUCCCCCUGGGUUCGGAUUGGAUCAGGGAUCUCCCCUCGGGACUUCACCGCUUUAUUGAGCUAAUUAUCGCCGUCAUGUCUAACAACAACUCCAGCAGCAGCCUGGUCGUCGCUCAACGGGCCGUCAAGCAGCUUAGGGUGGAGGCGAGCGUCCGCAGGAUCCAGGUGUCCCAAGCUGCCGCUGAAUUGAGGAAUUUCUGUCUGCAAAACGCGUCCAAAGACCCCCUGCUGGUGGGAAUCCCUUCCAGUGAGAACCCCUACAGACCCCCAAAGUCCUGCAGCCUGUUCUAGGUAUGAGGAGAUGGGUUCUCCAGCAGUAAUGUUGCAGGGUAAUAAGCAACAUGAAUGAGUUCUGCAGUUACGUCCCUUUGAAGGCUUUCUGCUCUUUUUGCGGACAGCAGCCAGGGCGGAGGUGUAACGGGGCAAUGGUUCCUGGUAAACGGACACUCUUAUUAACCUAGUGGUGCCAUCAUGUAUUACGCACUCUAAACUGUGCCAAACAGUGUCUCGUUCUAAACUCUGUAGAACUGUGUAAAUUAGGCAGACUUCAAAGUAAGAUGUUGCUUUGAUUAAUAAUUUAUUCACUUAACAUUGUUUUAAGGACUCUUGCUUUGAAUCCAAUGUUUAAUACAUUACAAGCAUUCAUCAGCCUGUAGUUUAUUAAACAAAUGACUGCAGCUGUGUGCCUGCACCAUGUUAGAAACAAGUGGAUCUGUUGAUUAUGAAUGGACACAGGCCACAGCUCCUCUCUCUAUUGAUGGUGUGCUGCCUGGUUGGACUUUCAUCUCAUCAUUUAGUCCAUUUAUUCACCAAUAUUCCAACAAAAUAGAUUUCUGCUUUAAAAGUUUCUGCUAAUUCAAAGAUUUAUCCAGGGUAGUGACCACCAUCGAUCCAACUCAAAAGCACACACAUUGAAAGAUGACUUUUUUCAACUAUUUCUGGAAUUCAGUGAAUUGUGUGAUUUACAUUUUAGCUUUUUAAUCUAUACCUUUCCACACUGAAAUUCUGUGCCUUUAACCUUAAUCCUAAAUGUAUUGUUAAAUUCAUCUGCCUUAACUUUUCUAGCAUUUUAAACAGAAUGUAUUAAAUUGUAUUAUAAAAAUCA